ACAUUACAUUUAGAUUCCUAGAAGGACAAAUCUUUUUCCACCUCUGGCAUUAAGCCAGUUAAUAUUUUAGUUGGCAAUUUUCCAAUGUGAUUUGAUUAACGGUUCUAAGAACUACAUGUAUCAAUGUUUCAUUUUCAUUUUCUCAGAAAGUACAAAUGAAUUUAAACUUAGAGAAUACACUACAGAAAGAAUAAAUUGAAAUUUGAUAGCAAGUAAGACAUGUCUGGAAAGACAAGAGGUCGAGCCAGAGGACGGGCUCGAGGUUCUACAGACCAUGCGACUUCAAGAAGGCCUGGAGAACAGGGUUCAGAGCCACAACCAGUACAGCAACCCCCUCCUGCAGGUGCUGGGGGACCACCACCUAGUGGUAGUGGUCGUGCAGCUUACAGGGGAGGGGCGAGGGAGCCCCGUCCUGGAAUGGCUGGUGACAUUCCUAGAGUACCUGUAGAACAAAUGGCUGGUAUGGCAUUAGGAACAGGAGCUGCCAGUCAAGUACCCAGAAAGAGGUCAGAUUUCCGUUAUCAAGAUCUAAGAACAAGACCGGCACAUGUUACAAACAAACAAGGAACUGAAGGUCGACCUAUUCAACUUCUGGCUAACUUUUUCCAACUUCAGAUGACACCAAAGUUUGUAGCUUUGUAUCAAUAUCAAGUUGAUUUUAACCCAACUGUUGACAGUCGUAAAUUAAAGGCUGCAUUGCUGUUCACUCAUGAAGAACUUUUAGGCACAGUUAAAGCCUUUGAUGGAGGAAUUCUAUAUCUACCCAGAAAAUUACAAGAAAAGGUGACAACAGUAUACAGUAAGAGAAAUUUUGAUGAUACAAAGAUACAGAUUACUAUCACGUUAACUAAUGAAUUACCUCCAUCUAGUCCACAAUUUCUACAGGUUGUUAAUAUCAUAUUCAGGAGACUUCUAUCUGCCAUUGAGAUGAAAGAAAUUGGACGUCAUUACUUUAAUCCUAAGUUAGCAAUUGACAUUCCACAACACAAAUUAAGUGUGAUGCCAGGUUUUGCCACCAGUAUCUUGCAGUAUGAAAAUGAUAUAUUGUUAGGGGCUGACAUUGCACAUAAAAUUCUGAGAACAGAUUCCGUCUUAGAUAUUAUGUAUACUAUAUAUGAUGAUCAAAGAGGACACGGAAGUUUUUAUGACAGAGCCUUUAAAGCUUUAGUAGGUUCCAUUGUACUCACCAGAUACAACAACAAAACCUACCGAGUUGAUGACAUUGAUUGGGAAAAACGUCCUAGUCACAAAUUCAAACUACACAAUGGUGACGAGAUCUCGUAUGUAGACUAUUAUAAAAAGAAUUAUGAGAAGACCGUCACCGAUAUGGAACAACCAUUACUUGUAUCUAAACCUAAAAAGAAAGACAUCCGUAGAGGACAGACAGAAAAUAUUUAUCUACUUCCUGAGUUAUGUACAUUAACAGGCUUGUCAGAUGAUGUGAGAGCAGAUUUUCAGGUGAUGAAAGAUGUAGCUACACACACUCGUAUUGCUCCUGAAGGCCGAUGUAAAAGACUCAUUGAUUUUAUCAAUAUCAUGAACAGAAAUCCAAAAGUUCAGUCAGAAAUGGAUGGCUGGGGAUUAAAAUUUGAACCUAGAUUACUCAAAUUAAAUGGACGGAUUUUACCUCAAGAACUUAUCAAACAGUUGCCAGAUGUUCAAUUGUCAUAUCGUCAAGAUGAAUGUGAUUGGUCAAGGGAUAUGAGAGGAAAGAAAUUAAAAAAUACUGUUGAUUUGAAUAACUGGAUUGUGAUGUCAACAAGGAGGGAUAGUGGUGCUGCUCAGGACUUAGUGCAGACAUUAAAUCGUGUUGGUGGUCCAAUGGGAAUGAGGAUUCAAUCACCCAGAAUGUAUGAAUUACAAAAUGACCGUAAUGAGACAUUCCUGUCAACCAUUAAACAGAAUUUAACAAAAGAUACUCAGUUGGUUCUAGCUGUUGUACCUAAUAACAAGAAAGAUCGAUAUGAUGCCAUCAAAAAAUGUACAUGCAUUGAACAUCCAGUACCAUCUCAAGUAGUAGUAGCAAGAACUCUGUCUAAAAAACAGAUGUUGAUGUCAGUAUCUACUAAAAUAGCCAUUCAGAUCAACUGUAAAUUAGGUGGUGAAGUUUGGGCUCUUCACAUUCCACUCUCAGGCACCAUGGUUUGUGGUAUAGAUACAUAUCAUGAUUCGGCUAAAAAAGGGGCGUCGGUAGCAGGAAUCAUUUGUUCGUUAAAUCAGACUUUCACUAGGUAUUAUAGUAGGGUAGCAUAUCAAUCUACAGACGUUGAACUUGUGGAUGGACUUAGGACAGCCAUAACCAGUGCCUUGCGGAAAUAUGCAGAAGUUAAUGAAAAUAAUUUACCUAACAGAAUUAUUGUGUAUAGAGAUGGUGUUGGUGAUGGUCAACUAGCUGGUGUAUUUGAACAUGAAGUUCACCAGAUAUUAGAAGCAUUACAUAAAAUUAAGAGAGCGGAUUACGAUCCGAAGUUAGCUGUAGUUGUUGUUAAGAAGAGAAUUAAUGCUCGAUUUUUUGCUAGAGCGGGACAACAAGGUAUGGCUAAUCCCAUGCCAGGAACUUGCAUAGAUACUGAAGUUACUAAACCAGAAUGGUAUGAUUUCUUCUUGGUAUCCCAAUCUGUACGACAAGGAACCGUAACUCCAACACAUUAUAAUGUAAUCUGGGACCAAAUUGGAUUAAAACCAGACCAUAUGCAAAGAUUAAGUUACAAAUUGACACAUCUUUAUUAUAAUUGGCCGGGAACUAUUCGUGUACCAGCACCAUGUCAGUAUGCUCAUAAAUUAGCUUUCUUAGUUGGACAAUCACUUCAUAAAGAUCCAUCUUUAGAUUUAGCUGAUAAGCUGUUCUUUUUGUAAUAAAGCGAAUAUGGAGUACCUAAGUGUUCUUAAAAACUAUGGUUAAAUGUAAAAAUAGCAAGUGGUUUCAUAUGUUGAAUGUUUUAAUUAUGUUCAUGAAUCUGCAAGUGUUCAAUCUUCUAGAUUUAUCUACUAUGAGCAUGUUAAAUCAUAUGUACCAUACUUCUACAAAUAUGUCAAGGAAGAUGGAGUAGUCUUCGUGGAACAGAAUGAAAUGAAAUCUGGUUUAACGUCCUACUCUUCUGCUCCAAUCAGGCUGAACUGAUUUUUGGACGGACAUUUCAGAUUCUCAGCCGGACAAAUACUUUAUGUAUAUUAAUAUUAUACCUUAAAAACUGUUGAUAUUUACUAUAUUUGUCCCCCGCCUUUCCUCGAAACUUGAUGUAGAUGUUUGUCUUGACUGAGUUCAAUGAUUAACAUAUUGAGCUAAAGCUAAGCAGAGAUAAGCAAUUUCCUUGGUCGAUGCUUUGAGGCAAGAUAACUUUGAUUCUAUCUGAUAGAGAGUGAUGAAACUUAGUGUAUAGUGGAUAGUCAGUUUGAUUGCUCGAUACUUUUGAAAAAAAAUAGAUGUGCGAUUAAUUAAUAUGUGUCAUCUAUUUAUUUGAGGAUUUCGGCGGGGGACAUUAGCCUCACUGUUGGCUUGUUAAUCUUUAUUAUGAUACCGUAUUUUUCGAGGUACAAUUCGAUAUUUAAUUCCGCGGAAGUAAGGCUUCGUCUUAUAUUCUACAUUGACUUAUAGAUGAAGAUAAAAAUGUUUUAAAUUAUCACACACGUAGUCGUAUGGUAAAGUCAAACUUGUGCUAUCAUCUAGAAAUACUUACAGUUUUACAAAUACAAUACAAAUACUUGCCGAUAUUUCUAAAUAUAUAUUUGUAUAAUAACGGUGUACUAUGAGGGCAAUAUUGCAAGGACAGAAAUUAAAUUCAAAUUGUUAGAGGUUGUUUUACAUGCACUGUAUCUUCUAUUUAUGUCUGGUUUAUCUGCUUGUAUCAGAUUAUGGCUGGUCAAUAAUUUUAAUAAAUCAAUUUAUCGCAGUGUGGAAAUUUUAUUAACAGUAUCAUUUUGACCAUUAUAUAUACUGUAAUAAUCCAAUAUACCGUUUAAUCUGUGAUAAUCACCAUUUCUGCAAUAAUAUUCUCUGAAAGAUCUUUGUAUUUUAUUAAAUCAUAGUGUUAGCAUUUAGGUACUUCUCAUAGAAAUAUAUUUGAGGGGUUUUCCACCUCUUUUUGAGUCUCUGUGCUUGAAGCACUGUCAACUUCAAAUCCGUGUAGCAAAAAAUCUAAACGGUCAACCCCCUACAAAAUUAUGAUGAGGAGAUUGCCAAAUGUUGUCCCCAUUGUGCCUAUAAAGAUUGGAACCAACGGAAUGUUGAGCAAAAAGCUACAGCCUGUGAUGUUACAGUCAUUUAACAUUGAAGUCAAUGGGCAAAUAAUUGCUAGUCUGAGUCCAUAUGAUAUCGCAGAGUAGCCAAAAUUUAUCUUGUCUCCCCUGUAUAAUUAUUAUGUACAAUGUAUAUAAUAUGAAAUGGUCUUCGUUUCUUGUUCAUUUUAGGGAUCACGUGGCUAAGUGGGUAAGACGCUAGCUCGCUAGCCUGGAGGUCGGGUGUUCGAUCCCUGCAUUGGCAGAGAAAGUUCAUCCAGAUUUUCCGGCGUGGUUCUCCCUUGUCAGUGAUGCAGGACGGAGGGGCUGACAAGGAAAGCUGUCUAGUCGUUCGGAUGAGACGAAAAACCGAGGUCCCGUGUACACAUUGGCGUGCACGUAAAAGAUCCCUUGGCAGUUGGAAUUCUUUAUAAGAGUAGGCCGUAGUGCCGCUGUCCGGGCAAAAUUUCCCUCAUAGCACACUGUAUGGCGUAUGCCCGUCUUCAUUAGCCCAGGUUAGGAGCAGAACAGUAGGACGUUAAACUCCAUUUCAUUUCAUUUCAUUGUUCAUUUUAAUAUGGGUAGAUAACCCCAUUCAUGUCCAUUUAUUGAAUGUAAAUAUGUAAAUAAUGUAUAUCAUAUUUCUAAUUCAUUUAUACUGUAUUUUAUUAUCAAAAUCUGUCGUAUGUUUUACUGAUUUCAAAUAUCACGAACCGUACAAUAUAUAAACAUUUAUAUUUUCAUAAAAUUUGGUCAUUUUUCAUAAAAUGUAAAAAUAUCAUAAAAAAUAUAAAAUUUCACUUUUUCUCAUAAAAACUUCAAAAGAUAAAAUUAACGAUCAAUCGCUACACCUAAUAAUAAAUUUCUAUACUAAUAAAUCAAGAUGUGAAUAAUAAAAUCACAUAAGUUGCAUAACUUUUGUCUCAUCCUACUGUCUUUUAAUAAAGAAUAAAAUAUCAAAACUAACGAAGGGAUUUCCCAACUUAUGUAUUAAUUAGGUAUUCCCCCCCCCUUGUUUUAAUAUGUUUAAUAUCUUUUUUUUUAACUGCUUAAUCAUGAUAUACAAUAUUUUGCUAUCUACUGUGGAUUUUUUUUUAGAAUUGUCCUCUGUAGACCUCCAGAGAACUAUGGAUUUUAGGACAUCUAUAAGUUUUAAUUUUUAUCAAAUAUUUUACUGAUCCACAUUAGAAAGAAAGUAAUUGCAUAUUUGAAAGGGGAACUGCUUUAAGAUUAUGUUAACAUCUACUUUUUAACACGUUCAUUUUGUUAUGGGCCAUAGCUACAUUCCUGGAAUAUUCCGUCCAGAUGUGUAAUGAUAUUGUUAAUAAGUUGGAAGUCUAAAUCAUCAUAAUGUGGUUAGAUAUUGCCGCAAAACCCUCUUCAUCCACCCAUCUGUCAUUCAAAUUUUUUGUUAGUACACUACAAUAAUCCAUAAUAUUUCUUGAAAUUAAAGUAAAUGUGUGUAUUAAUUUUUAGCCGAGUUCUACAAUCUGCCACUUUGUAAGAACUUUGCGUUAACUGUCUUCUUGAAGUUUAUAUUGAAAGGACGAACGCGACUAUUGAUUUUCAAUAAUAUUAAUUUGUUACAAAAUCUUUGUACCGUCUCAUACUUUUUACUGCCUCAUAACUGGUGGGUGUGUGUUUUGUUGCCUAACAAGAAGGUGUCAAUGAGUAUUCAUUGACUAUUUUAAUAUUUUUCUGAUAUUUUUAAAAUAUUUUUGUUCAUUCUUAAAUCAUAAAACCAAAAAGAUAUAUGGAUCUUCAAUACAACUUAUAGUGUUAUGUAAUUUUUAUACGCCCACAUUUUCAUAUGGACAUAUUUUGUCUUCGGUCCUGUCCACACUCUCCAGGUCACAAUUUUGACGAAACUUAAAAUAUAUAGGUUUAUCUUCCAAAGAUUACAACCUCUGUACAAAAAAUCGUGGUUUGUUUUAGGUUGUUCUAUAUCCAUCUCUUGCAAAAUUUGGGCGUAUUUUACCUGGCAACCGCUGUUUCCAUUUGUAAAGCUACUAUUGUAUUAUUGCAUGAACUAUGUAUAAAUAUGUAAUUUUUAAUAAAAAAAAAAUAUUACAAAAUUGA